GUAACCGUAAACAAAAACAAACUUGAAUUUCUCUCGCUUUGCGUUUUGAAGUUUUUCGAAAUAUUUGGCAUUUGUAAGCGAUGUUAAAAUGGUUAACCAAGGAGAAAAGAAACCGGUACCUGCUGAUGACUAUUAUCAUGCCGAGGAAAAACUCUAUACAACUAUUGUGGAAUCUACGAACACAGCUAUGUCCCUCAUAAUUGACAAGUACAUUUGCCUUGCCAAUGGUUUGCCAGCCCCUGACUCGGACAUUCAGGAGUGCUUCGGCAGCAGGAACAAGAAGAAGCAGAGCCUUGUGAAGUACCUAGAGGAUCAUGAGCCCAAUGAAAUGACUCCCAGUCAAACGAGGAAGCACUCCCACAAGCCUCAGCCUGCACGCCCGCCCAAAGGCUGCACAGUAAAAGAUAUUCACAGGGAAGUCAAAGAAACCUUGCAAAGGAGGAAGUCCCAGCUUGGGCUGCCGGACGACUAUGAGGUGCGAGAAGUCCAAUAUCCGGAAGUUGAGUUGGAGUCUGAUAGCAAUCUUAGUGAAGUUGAAGAUGAAGAAGAUAUCAAUGAUGUUGUUUCCAGCAACCAAGUCAAAGGUUGGAGGAGGAGAGGGAACGGAUCAGAAAGGAAUAAGGAAAUUUUGAAAGGGGAGACUCAAACCCAGAGUCGGACUGUGAGAAGGAACAGAUUUUGCAGCUCCUUGAAUGAAGAACUUUUGUUUAAAAAGGCUUAUAAAAAUGAUGAGGAAAGCAGGGAGAAUGUUCUAAACGAACCUGCAAUAAAUGAGAAGACGCAAAGACAUGUUUUGGGUGGGACUACUAGCAGCAAGACCCAUUGCACACAAAUGACAAAUGGGGAAAAGGUGAAAGAAAAGAGCACAAGCAAGCCAGAAAUAAUACGCACGAAUGGGCCUCUUGCUUCUGUCUUGCCAGAGGAGCUUGAUCAUGGGGCUCUUCUUGUCACAGAUAUGCUGGAUACAGUCUUUAUUCCACCUUUCACAUCCCAGGAAAGAGAGAAAACCUUAAUGAAAAUAGAGCAGAAAUUAGGAAAACAUGUGGUGGUCUUCCAUUUCAGCUGCUUGGGUGGAAAGGACAUUGAUGCUCAGGGAGAUGAUAUUAGAUUAACUACCACAUGUCCAACCAUGAAGGAUGGAGACUUAGAAACACAAAGUAAGACUUCCAGACACCAUGAAAGCACAAGUCAAACUGAGAAAGAUACUCACAACGAAAAGGUCAAAACAGGGGAUAAGAAAAAGGAGAGGACAGUGCCGGCAGCAAAGGCGACUGAAUGCCACAUUGUAUGUGAUCCCAAAACUUCGGAUGCUCACUCAGAUGGAAGAACACAUAGAAGAACUGUACAAAAUACUUCAACGGAAAAAUCUUCAGGAGAAGAGAAGGUAGAUAAUUUGCCACAAGAAAGAAGGAAGUCAAGAAGGAUAUCUGCUAUAUCCAGUCAACUUACUGAGAAGUGCCAAAAGACACCAGAGCAACAUGAGCCACCUUCUGAGCAGGGGGAGACAACUCGUCCCUCUGUUGACGCCAUUGGGAAAAAUACACAGCCAUCCUCAGAAGAUCACAAGAAAAGAAGGAGGGGAAGACCAAAAUCAAAAUCUUAUGUUGUGACUUCCUCUACAGUACCAGAAACAGACAUCAAAAGGAGAAAAAGGUCUAUUUCAGAUCAAGUGCCCAGACAGUUGAGAAUUAGUUUGGAAAACAUAUUCCCUUCAGAAGAAGAAAAGUUAGAAGAAAAGACUAGAAAUAAAGAGCAAGAACUUGUAAUGGUGCCUAGUGUGCCUGAAUCCUUACAGCCAUUAAAAGAAGACAUGCAAGCAGUCAAUGAAGUAUCUUCAAAAAUAAGGAAUGAUAAAAAUUUCAGUAGCAAAAAUGUUGAUGCAUAUCAAUAUUCAGCCAGCAGUGACAAAGAAAAUAAUCCUAUUUUUGUAAAUUCAGAAAAUAUUCCAAAUCUGACAUCUACUUCAAUAGAUAACAAAACUGAACCUCAUUUGGACUCCAAGAGGCAGAAGCCCAAAAUUCGUAGAGUGUUGCUAAGUAAUGGUCGAAUCGUUUUUAAGUACAAGAUGGAUAGUGAAAAGGAGAUUUGCUCCCAAGAUUUACCACCAGAGGGUGUGAAGAACAUUUCAGAAAAUACAAUUAAUGAGACACAGAGAACUGGGAGUAUCCUGGGCAACAUACCUGGAAAUUUAUGGCAGAAGAAAAUGUGGCAUUCAAAGCAAGAGGAGAGCAUUAUAGCAGGUAUUGACCCCGUUAAGAAAAAACGGAAAAGCUUGUCAAUGGGUCAUAAACCUAUAGGUCAUAAAGCCUCUGAUUCCAUGCUACUAAAGUGGAGUAGCAUGAUAGCAAGAAACAGCACAGUGGAACUCUCCAGCAUUGUGGAAGACAGCACAUUCUCUGUGAUCCAUCCAAUGGGAAAAAGGAUUGACAGAGCUAGAAAGCAGGAGGCAUGGGGACCCAGUGCAAUGCCAGAGUAUGCUACACAGGGGGCCAUGAGAGGAAUGCUUCGGAACCCUCCUCAAAAGUUUGCCAAACCACAGGCUUUCCCUCAUGAUUCCAAGAAGGUUAACAGAAGAAAUGCAGAAGAGAGUCUCAGGGAGGCAGAACAGUCAAAGCUCCUCCAGCUCUACAAUGUCAAGAAGCCAGUGACAUCAUUGACUGACCAGAUGGAGCAAAGUUCCAGUUCUGAUGAGGAGACCACUCUCCUGGCAGUGGAAAGGUCAUCAAGGGUGGUUGGGCCUUUCCAUAGUUCCCUAACCACAGUCAUCAAGCUUAGGGAACAGUUUAGAGACACUUCAGAUACGACAGUGCAGGUGAAUAGAACCACUACAGUGAGUGCAGCUGACAGCAACUUACAAAAUGAAUCUGCUGUACGGAGAACCACAAAAAGCUUCUGGGAACUAGAUGACAGUGACGAUUCUCUGCCGAGUCAGACAUUCAAAGCUCCGUCCUGCCCAAAGCCACAGGGGCCUAAGAGAGACCACAAGCAAAUCACUUCUAUGGACCAAUCGAGUCAUGCCUACAGCAUCUUAGGGAAUGUUAAGUGGCACAAGAAAAAGGACGAGAAGAAGCUUGAUAGUAAAAAGCCUCGCUUACUGUUGGCAAGCAGUUCUCUGCGGAUGAGCAAAGACCAAGUGAAGUAAAGGAAGUGAAUUCUUCCUCUGCUGUUGUUUUUAAAAGGAAAAUUUUACAAGGAAGUGACAAUAAUACACUGUUCAGUUAACAUAUUUUUUAUGUUGGUACAUGGAGUUUUUGCAUUAUAAAGCAGGUGAAGAUUAUUUUUUGAACUAUUGUAGCAAGCACCUGAUAGACAAAGCAUGAUGAAAUGUGAAGGCUUUAAUAUAUAGUUUCUUGUAAAUAGCAAUGAAAAUUAAGGUAAUCGAGUUA